AUGGACGAGGAAGGUGCUGCUGGUGCUGCUGGUGCUACUGGUGCUGGAGGUGCUGCUGGAGCUGCUGGAGAUGCUGCUGGUGCUGGAGUUACUGGAGGUGCUGGUGCUGUUAGAGGUCCUGCUGGUGUUGGAGCUGCUGGAGAUGCUGGAGCAGCUGGUCCCGGAGGUGCUCGUACUGGAGGUACUGGAGCUGCUGGGGCUGGUGGUGCUGCAGGAGUUGGAGCUGUAGGUGCUGGAGCUGUUACUACUGGAGGUGCUGCUGGAGCUGGAGCUGUUGGAGGUACUGGAGCUGGUGGUGCUGUGGGAGUUGUUGCUGGAGACCCUGGAGCUGAGGGUACUGGUGCUGUCUCUGCUGUUUCAGGAGGCGCUGCGCGGCCUCGGCAGUACUACAUUCCGCUCCUUCAGCAGGUUCUUGGUCUCCCGCCUUCUCCUGGUCCUACUCCUCCUUUACUGAGUCCACCGCCUGUCCAGUCCCAGUCGCAGUUACAGCCGACCUCUCCACUGCCUGGUCCUUCUCCUUACUCGGGACCGACUAGAAGUCUUACGGAGCGUCGUGAGCCUGAGUCGCGUCCUAUGUCGCCUGAGUCUCGUCCUGCGUCACCAGAGUCUUGUUCUGCGUUACCUGUCUGCACUGUUCGCGCUGGUCGUCGUGUUUCGCGUCCGCGUCCUCCUCCUGUCCCUGGCACUCACUCUAUGACACCGCGUCCUUCCACUGCUCCACAGCGUGUCCCUCUGCCGUCUCCUCUUGCGUCCUCUCUUCCUGACGGUCCGGACCCGGAGUUUGACUCCCUUCGUGCUGCUAGUCCUACUGUCUCGCGCUUUCUGGCCACUUCUGUCACUGACCCUUUGUUUGAGUCCACUGCUGCGUCUGCUCUCGUUGCUGAGCUUGUUGACUUUGCUGCAGCCUGUCGCCUAGACUUCGCCACUAGUCUUGUUGCUGAGUCUGCGUCUGCGUCUGUCUGUCCUCCGUCCGUCGGGGGUGAGUGUGCUCUUGGCACGGCCGUUCUUGAGGACAGACAGGAGGAGUUUGAGUGCUUUGCCACUGCUGUACCUCAUCUCGUGUCCAUGCUGCUUGCCCCUGAGGGAGACCCGGAUGCACCAGACAUCCCGACCCCACGCUCUUACGCAGAGGCGAUAGAGGGUCCCUACUCCUCUCAGUUGCAGGCAGCUAUGGACGCCAAGAUGGCUUCCUGGAAGUCCACAGGCACCUACGUCGACGAGGUUCCCCCACUUGGGGCGAACAUCGUCAGUGGCAUGUGGAUCUUCAGGGUGAAGCGCUCGCCGGGUUCUCCGCCUGUCUUCAAGGCGCGUUACGUUGCACGUGGCUUCAGUCAGCGACAGGGAGUUGACUUCUUCCAGACCUUCUCCCCUACCCCGAAGAUUACCACUCUUCGGGUACUGCUGCAUGUCGCCGCUCAGCGUGACUACGAGCUCCACUCGCUUGACUUCAGCACAGCCUUCCUACAGGGCAGCCUGCACGAGGAGAUCUGGCUGCGCCGCCCACCUGGCUUCACUGGGUCGUUUCCUGCUGGUACCCAGUGGAGCCUCCGGCGGCCAGUCUACGGUCUCCGCCAGGCACCCCGUGAGUGGCACGACACACUGAGGACGACUCUUGCUGCUCUUGGUUUUGCUCCUUCCACUGCUGACCCGUCGUUGUUUUUACGCACUGACACCACUCUGCUACCGUUCUACGUUCUCGUGUACGUAGACGACCUCGUCUUUGCUACUGCUGACACUGAGGCACUCGCUCACAUGAAGUCUGAGCUGCAGAAGAGACACACGUGCACAGACCUGGGUGAGCUGACAAGCUAUCUUGGCUUGCGGAUUACCCGGGACAGAGCACAGCGCACCAUUACCUUGACUCAGUCACACAUGGUGCAGCAGGUCCUUUAG